UCUCUGUAUCACUUUGUUCCGGAAUGCCACUUCCAGCUUUAAGUAAUAAUUGUGAGGGUAAAUAGAUUCACAAAGAAACAUUUAGGACAACGGGGAAUUAUGCCCAACCUGGGUGGUGAAGUGCAUGAUAAUUUUGUGAGAUAUUUCGUGUGCUAACCAGCAGAUGCAUCUAAUCAUUGGAACUAGUUUAACUUAAAAAGCACCAUCCAGUACAUAAAUCUCAUCGUCUUGAUUUAGAAGGGAUGGCGAAUUUUUUCAUGUCUAUGUUUGAUAUGAUGACUAAUUGCGAAGAUGAAAGCUUUCGGACAAAGGGGGAAAAGUGAACAAGAUCGAAACAAACCAAACAAGCGAGGAUUACUAUGUUCAAGCUCACCUCGGUUUCCUCUGCCUUGUCUCUUCCAUGCCUGACCUCAUCAAAACUAAUGAUUGUUCUACAAUGGCCGAGAAGGAAGGAGCCAUCGUGAAGAAGGGCCAAGAAGAGGGGCUCAAACUGGCAAUCUCUCUCCUGCAGAAGUUUGAACUCCCACAGGGGCUCCUCCCACUGGCCAACGUGGUGGAGGUUGGGUUUGUGGAAAGCACUGGGUACAUGUGGAUUGUCCAGCAAAAGAAGGUUGAACAUCAGUUCAAGAUGAUAAACAAGCUGGUGAGCUAUGACGCCGAGGUGAAGGGCUACAUCGAGAAGGGCAAGAUCAAGAAGCUCAAGGGUGUGAAGGCCAAGGAGCUCAUGCUGUGGCCGCCGGUGUCGGAGAUCACCGCCGACCCUCCAUCCGGGAAGAUCCAAUUCAAGAGCCUCGCCGGGAUCACCAAGAGCUUCCCUGUUGAGGCAUUUGCUGCUGGCCAGUGAAUCAAAGUGUCAAUGAUCUGGAAGUCUGAUGUUUACUGCUAUUUUGUUGGGCAAAAACAGUUAGAAGCCUCCUAUAAUCUAUAAUUGGGUUUACUCCAUGGAGGGUUCUUUUUAUUUAAUUCUUUCCCU